CAUAUGACUGCGGCGUCAUGUGACUGGAUCACGUGGUUAUAGAUAUAAAUGGUCGCGGGGGUCGGUUACAGUUAAAUUGUCUGUGGCGGCGGGUAGAAGAGGAACAACAAGACGUCAAGCCCAAACCCUCAGGCAAUUUAAAAAGUUUCUUUCAGGCGAAAUGUGGCGUGUGGCCUUCAUCCUGUUUGCCGCCAGCAUGUCGCUGAGCGUGGCCAGACCCCGCCUUAAGCCGCUGUCCAUUGAGAUGGUCAACUAUAUAAACAAGAUCAACACCACCUGGAAGGCUGGUCACAACUUCCACAAUGUCGAUUACAGUUAUGUGCAGAAACUCUGUGGUACCUUCCUCAAAGGACCCAAGCUGCCACUCAUGGUCCAGUAUGCUGGAGACAUGAAGCUUCCUGAGGAGUUUGACUCCAGGACUCAGUGGCCUGACUGUCCUACCCUACAGGAGAUCAGAGACCAGGGCUCGUGUGGAUCUUGCUGGGCGUUUGGUGCUUCAGAGGCCAUUUCCGACCGCGUGUGCAUCCACAGCAAUGCCAAGCUGAGUGUGGAGAUCUCUGCUGAGGAUCUGCUCAGCUGCUGUGAUAGCUGUGGCAUGGGAUGCAACGGUGGCUACCCGUCUGCUGCUUGGGAUUUCUGGACCAAAGAGGGUCUGGUGUCUGGGGGGCUCUAUGACUCUCACAUUGGCUGUCGGCCGUACUCCAUCUCCCCAUGUGAGCACCAUGUGAACGGGAGCAGACCCCCCUGCACGGGUGAAGAGGGAGACACUCCAGCCUGCGUCUUCCAGUGUGAGCCUGGAUACACACCCAGCUACAAGAAGGACAAGCAUUUUGGUAAAACUUCGUACAGCGUUCCCUCCGAGGUGGAGCAGAUCCAGGCAGAAAUCUACAAGAAUGGACCAGUAGAGGGCGCUUUCACCGUCUAUGAGGACUUCGUUCUGUACAAGUCUGGUGUGUACAAGCAUGUGACUGGCUCUGCUCUGGGGGGUCACGCCAUUAAGGUUCUCGGUUGGGGAGUGGAAGAUGGCAUUCCUUACUGGCUGUGUGCCAACUCAUGGAACACUGACUGGGGUGACAACGGGUUUUUCAAAAUCCUGCGUGGAUCUGAUCACUGUGGAAUCGAGUCUGAGAUCGUGGCUGGAGUCCCACAAUAGAACACGCAAUAACCAGACGUUGUUCUUCAGAUAAUCACUAGAGGGCGCCGCAUUCGACUUUGGUACUACGGGACUGGAACGUUCAAACUGCUUCACGUCGUCUCCAGAAGCCUGCAGCAGCUUCCUGUGCUUAAAUCGGGAGUAGUAGUAGCUACUGUAUCCGCCUGAGCACCGAGUUUGUCCGUGUUUUUAAAUCAUGCUGCUGGUUUUAUGUGUUUUUUCUGUUUUACGUGCGUCAUUCGUGUUGGGCAAAAAUGCUGUUGGGUUUUAACAACAUUUAAAGAUUCAUUAUUUUUGUGGUGUGGCUCGUUUUUGUUCACUUCUGCUUCGAAUUAUUCAGCAAAUGUGUGCCACCUAUGCAAAUCUAUAUUGAUGGAGAUGUAUUGUCAGGUUUUAGGAAUGUACUAAGCAGAUGCUUUAAAUGUCGAUGAAGAUCAAAUACCAUGUCAAUGUUGUCAGUGGUGAUUGAAUUGUCGUUGUAACGAUCAGAAUAAAUGAAAAUCUGUCCCACUGA